AUGGCAAUCCCUCCGGCCGCAUCUGCAACAGAUCAACACCCUACGGUCCGGAAACGAUCUACUGCAACGACCUCGGAUCUCAAUGGCGAGGCGUCACGCUUGUCAGACGGUCAUGAAGAACCCGCCCAGCUGACGGCCCUCCAACACCACGUCCUCUUCUGGGACCGUGACAACGACGGCAUCAUCCACCCAAAGGAUGUCUACGACGGCUUCCGCGCCUUGGGCUUCAACGUCCUCUUCUCCCUCGGCUCGCUACUCAUCCCCAUCUUCUUCUCGUACCCAACAGGCCUCGGCCACAGCUGGUUCCCGGACCCGUGGCUCCGGAUCUACGUGGGGAGCAUCCACAAAGCGAAGCACGGGUCCGACACGGGCAUCUUCGACCUGGACGGCCACUUUCACCGCGACAGAUUCGAUGAAAUGUUCUCUCGCUGGGACGAGGACGGGUGUGGUGGGUUAUCAGCGGAUCAGAUGUGGCGGAUGUGGAAGAAGAACCGGUGUGCCGCCGAUGUGGCAGGCUGGUGUUUCUCGUUUAUGGAGUUGUGGACGACCUGGCUCCUCCUCCAGAAGAACGGCCGUGUAUGGAAGGAUGAUCUCUUAGCAUGCUACGACGGGAGUUUGUUCUGGAAGAUCAGCGAGGCAAACGCCGACGCCAAUAAGAAGAAGCCAUGGUCUCAAGGGUACGGUGUACAGGAUUUUUUCGACGGGUGGCUGAGAGGACGGACAUGGAGAAACUGGGAAUUGAAUUAA